CGAGUUCACAUCCUUCCGCACGAAAGACGUUUGGCAUCGCUUUGUUGCGCUUCGCGAUGAAGUAUCGCGAAAAUUCUAAAAAGUAUUGUAAUAGUUAAGUUUUUUUUAACAUCUGAUUACGCAAAAGUGCUUUGAACAAUAUGAACAUCAGAGGAAAAGUGAAUUAAAAAAAUUUUGUGACAUCAAAAUCGAGACGUAAAAAAAAAUUGAUUUUCGACUUUUUUUUUGACAGAAAAAUGAUACGCCGUUAUUGACAACAGACUUUUCCGUAAAAUCAGCUGAAGAUGCAAUAACAAUUUAAAACAUGAAUCUCGCUGUGUCUGUCGCCUACCUGGCAUUGAUAAUGUCACGUUCGAGCGAUGCGUUCGAUGAUGAUGAUGCUACAAUGGAUGAUGACACGGAUUAUUACUAUUCGAACAACUAUGAGGAUUUCCAGUUGAACAUCACAAAUUGCACCAACGACUACUGCAUCUCAGACGAGGAUUACAUCGGGCUGAUGAUGGAUCAUAUAUUUCCAAAACUCUCCGACUGGGUGUUGAUCGGUAUGCAUAGUAUUGUUUUUGUGGUCGGUCUGAUCGGCAACGCGCUCGUCUGCAUGGCUGUCUAUCGGAAUCAUUCGAUGCGUACCGUGACCAAUUAUUUCAUCGUCAAUCUCGCGGUGGCCGAUCUUCUUGUUCUGCUUAUUUGCUUGCCACCGUCGGUCGUCUGGGAUGUUACGGAGACUUGGUUCCUGGGCUUGAAUCUCUGCAAGGCUGUACCUUAUCUUCAG